CGUGCCUCUAUUGCCUCUGCUUCAGCUCCUGCCCCAGGUUCCUGCCUCCAGUUCCUGCCCUGGCUUCCCUCAGUGAUGGGCUGGGACCAUGUAAGAUGAAAUAAAUGCCUUCCUCACCAUGCUGUUUUUUUUUUCUCAGUGUUUCGUCACAGCGACAGAAAGGAAACCAGAGUAGUUCCUUGCAACAAAGCUUCUCACAUGGAGAGGGUUAGAAGUCAAUAUUGAGUAUAUUCUAACCCGGGGAGGUGGCGAACGCCAAUCGAGUUCCAAUCACCCACCUCGGGCAGAGACGCCCCCUUUCGGGAGGAGACGGUUAGCACAUAGUCUCAGGAUGCUGCGAAUGUCUACUGAGUACUCAGACCUAAAGAGAACGUUAUGCCAUUCCUCACACCACCCCGGCACAAGACUCGGGGAAUACAGGAAGGAGACGGAGCAGGAAGGCCGCAGAGCUCUAGGGUGAGAACGAGUGCUGUGGAGUGCGGUCUCUGGGGCAUGGUGUGGCUUUCUCAGUCGUGAAACACACCAGCUGCGGCCACCUGGACCCGAUCGGGACCAUCCACACCCCAUCACGCCCGGAAGGUGUUCAUGAGCAGCUGAUGGCCAGAACUGGCUGCCAGGGAAGAAGGCGUCAUUUCUCUUCAGGAAUGUAGCUGCUACUAAAAUGCCCAAGCUACAGGGAACAACUCCACAUCCGUGCACAUGGAAACUAUCUUAGUUAAACGCCAAACUAUAGGCAGAAGGCAGCGAAGGAGGGGGAUUUGCUGAGAAGGGGGAGUUGGGAAGGAGUAAGCAGGAGAUAAGAAGAGAAGGAAAUGGGGUGAAUAUCAAAAUACAUCAUAUACACGUAUAAAAUUGUUCAUUCUUUAAAAAAAGAUCCAGGCUAGCUCUAGUACUUAGUAAGAACCUGUCUUGAAAAUAAUAUUUAUUCUCAAUCAUAUUCUAACAAUGGCUAAAUUAUUCUCUUACCCAGAUCAUUAACAAAUUGUUUCCUGCUUAGCCCUAGUACAAACAUUCAUACCCUCUUUAUCCAAGAAGUCCCUGUCUGUCCCUUUGUUUAUGGAAGUCGGUGUCACAUGCUCUGUCUUCUACAGCAAAUUUUCCCUUUCUGCCACCCUCUCUCCCUUCUUCUCAUGAUUUAUUCUUUCUAUCAUGAUGCCAAGCAUUAUAGACAAUUACAGAAGGACACACUUUCCUACCUCUCUCUCAAACUUCAGUGCUAGAGUUGCUAUGUUUAUGCAAUGCCCUGGGCUUGUGCACGGAUAAGUAAGGAUUUUACACUGGCGAUAUUCAGGGGCUACUUCCCUGUCUCUUAGAAGCUCUCAGUGUUUAUGAAGAACAGAUUUUCAUUACUGGAAUUUUCUGCACAUAUGUCUAAAUUUGUUAUCCAUACCAAUUAUGUAGAACUAAUUAUCCUUGUGAUUACAUGUGUUAAAUUAAACAAGCAACACUUGGUCUGGAUAGAUGGCAAGUAUUUAAAAACAAGUUCUGUUCUUGCAGAGGACCCAAAUUCAGCUCCUAGCACCAUGUUGGGCAGUUAUACUGUAAUUGGGAUCUAGCGCCCUCUUUUGACCUGCCUGGGUCUCUGCAUCCCUAUGCACAUACCCACAUAUGGGCACACACAUGAGCAUUAAUUUAAAAAUAGUAAAAUAAAUAUUUAAAUAGGCAAUACCACUCCCAUAAAGGACACUUAUUUUGGAGAAAACUCACAAACCUUUGCACAACGCAUUACUCAAAAGCUCUAACUAUAAUUAUUGAAGAAGAUGAACCACUGAAAAUCCAGUUCGGAAAUGUCAAGUGCAUUCUGACUGAACACAGUGUUGAUAUCUUCCAUAUACUUCAAAUGAAGAAGGUGGAGACUGAGUUGAGUUCUACCAGAAUACAGCAGAAGUUACUAAGUAAAGUAUAGCACAAUAAUCUGGGUGGUGGUGGUGCACACCUUUAAUCCCAGCAUUUGGGAGGCAGGGGCAGGCGAGUCUCUGAGUCCGAGGCCCACAUGGACUACAGAAUGAGUUCCAGGACAGCUAAGGAUACACAGAGAAACCCUAUCUUGAAAGACCAAAAUAAAUAAAUGAAUAAAUAAACAAAUAACCCUGUGGUAAUAACUGUUAUGCAAAUCAAAGCUCCUUUCGUAGGGUGCAAAAUGUCUAAUUAUGUUAUUUGUGUUUUAGAAGUAUGAGUUUUAAGAAUGAUUUAUUAGUAUGUAUGCAUACAUCUUGUGAGCCGGUAUGUGCGAUGAGUAUGGGUACCUGCGGAGUCAGGGGAUGGCAUCAAAUACCCUGGAGUUGGAAUUACAGAUGCUUAUGAACUGCCCAGUGUGAGUUCUGGGAUCCAAACUCAGAUCCACUGGCAGGGCAACAACAAGUGCUCUUGACUGUUGAGCCACUGUUUUGGACCCCAAAUGAGACUUUAUGAAUUUGGUCUCAUGGAAAAAAUGAAUCUCCUAGCAAUGUAGAUGUGUUCAAUGCAUGUAAGGAAUGAGUGGUGUUUUGAUGAGCAUUUAUUAUCAUAAUUAGCAUCACUCUUAUUUCUCUACACACUACCAGGCAAUGCCACUGAGAAAGGGGGGAAAUGACUGGCUGUAGGAAGGAAAGAGGCACAAUUUAUCUUCCGUCUCUCUUAGAGGCAGCGACAGUCACAGGCGUAUACGGAUGAAUGGGCCCUGAGAACCACCACAGUGAAGUGUGGGAACGGAGUCCACAGGGGAAUAUGGGAUCAGGGGAAACCUUCGGCAGCUGACAUUGUGCUAUCUGCCUUCCUCAUUUGUGUGCUUUCUGAGUCAGCAUUAGCUAAAUGUUCCAGAAAGCCAUCCACAAAGUACAGCCUGGGCGUUCAAGGGAUGUCACUCAUUUCCUCUAGCGAUUCUGACAAAUCAGAAGCUUGAAAGCAGGGAAAUCCUCAACAUAUUUCCAGAACUCUCCAUCCAGCCUGGUGAUUGAGCAUCUGUCUCCCUUACUGCUGCUGACCAGCGGCCGUGCUUCUGAGGGGUCUGCACAAUGCUCAAGCACUUUAGCCUGGUGUUGCUUCUUGCCUCUGCUUGGACCACGAGGCUCCCUGUCCAAGGUGCUGUCCUAGCACAAGAGCUUUCCAUCUCUGCAUGCAGAUACAUGGGGGUCGCCCUUGUGGGCAGAAAGGUAAACCCGCAGAUGAAUUUCACAGAAGCUAGGGAGACCUGUCAGGUGCUGGGACUGACGCUGGCCAGCAAGGCCCAGAUGGAAGCAGCACAGAAGUCUGGCUUUGAGACUUGCAGCUACGGGUGGGUUGGAGAACGGAUCUCCGUGAUUCCUCGGAUUUUCCCAAACCCCAAGUGUGGGAAGAAUGGGGUAGGUGUCCUGAGUUGGAAAGCUCCCCCCAACCAAAAGUUCAGAGCCUAUUGUCACAACGCAUCUGACACCUGGGUUAACUCGUGCAUUCCGGAAACCAUCACUACAUUUGACCCCAUGCUUGACACUCAAACACCCACAGUGGAGUUCCCUGUCAGUAGCAGCACUGACUCGGCUUCAUCUCUGGACUCCACAACUUAUGUUCCUGCUACCACUCGGGCUCCACCUUCCACCUCCAUGGUACGGAAGACAAAAAAGAUUUGUGUGACGGAAGUUUAUACGGAACCUAACACCGUAGCUACAGAAACAGAGACACCUGUUAUAAGAGAAACGGCCUUCAAGAACGAAGCAGUUGGCUUUGGAGGUGUCCCCACAACCCUGCUGGUGCUGGCCCUCCUCUUCUUUGGCGCCGCAGCGGUCCUGGCGGUCUGCUACGUGAAAAGGUAUGUGAAGGCCUUCCCUUUCACAAACAAGAGUCCAAAGAAGGAAAUGAUCGAAACCAAGGUUGUAAAGGAAGAGAAAGCCGAUGACAUCAACUCUAAUGAAGAAUCAAAGAAAACUGAUAAAAACCCAGAGGAGCCCAAAAGUCCACCCAGAACUGCUGUGCGGUGCUUAGAAGCUGAAGUUUAGAGGAGCGAGAGCUGAGAAGCUCCACCUGAGGCAAGUUUCUUGCCAGGCAACCAAAAAAGCAAGCUAUUGUUGGUUCCUAGAUAGUAAAAGACUGUGGAGUCCUCCUUACGGAGGCCUCUCCUUAUUGCAAUCUUCUCCGGACUCCACUCUCCUACCUCCAACAUUUCCACGGCCUCCCUAGCCUGUCUGUCUCCCAGACACACAGAGAGGGAGCUUUCAAAGCGCCAGGCCCUAAAACAGCUCCUCAGCUCACAUUCAUACACAGGCCUCCAGGCUGCCGGACACCAGGUGAAGGCUGGAGUCCCUGAGACACCGGCAGCCCCAUAGUCCAAAAUCUUCCUACAGGGAAAUACGAGGCACAAGUAAAAUAAGGAAAGAAACAGGAGGUCAUGGAGAGCCAGGUGACUUGAGACCUAAUCUUUGGGAACCCCAAAUAAACAGAGCCCUAGCAGGGAGGCUGGGUACUGAUAGCAGCCUUGUUGGCAGACUGUAAAUAAAGCCUGGGCCAGGCCGGGAGCCGCUCCACAUACCCGAAUCAGGUCUCAGAACACAGAAACGCUUUCUUAUCUCUCUUUGGUUGCUGCUGUUCUCUAUAAACAAAUACACUUUUGUAAGAAACCAAAACCAGAGGGGCCCGGGGGUGGGGGGGAAGAUGUCUGUGGUAGAGCCUUUGCCUGGCAUGCACAAAGCUCCCGGUCCAAUACCAGAACCUGCCCACCCUCACAAACACAGAAUGAAAGAAACAAAAACGCACAUUUCCAUGUUUAGCUGUUACAGAACCCAUUCUGAAAAAAACAACUAUGUUGAAAGGUAAUAAAGUUUCAAAAGAAAAGUCAGAUGAUCUGCUACAGUCUGAGAACCUUUUACCUGAACGCUUGGUACCAACAGUAUUAAGAAUUUCAGAUUAUGUUUGAAGUCUGCCACACUUGCAUCUACAUCAUGAUAUAUUAGAAGACCCAGUCUGAAUAUGAGAUCUAUUUAUGUUUCACGUACACCCGUACACCCAGCCUGGAAGUAAUUUCAUACAACAUUUUAAAAAUAACUUUGCACGCGAGAUAAAGAUUCCUAGUGUGGCAUUGUCCCCUGGGGGCAUCAUGUUGACUUCUAAACAUUUUCAAACUUGGUAAAAGUUUGGUUUUCAGAUCUGGAGACUAAAGGUGUCAGGUGCUAGGUGAGGUAUGACAUUCUGUAGUUGCAUAUUGUUCAUCAGAGAGUUGUGUAUAGUGGGGUGUUGUCUGAAGCUAAUGUUUUUCCCGCUUUGAUGCCCCUAGCUUGUCUACUUCAAACUAACUUUUUGUUGCUAAGACUAAUCCAUUUAUUUUCUCUAAUACAACAACUACUACAACCUUAAUUUAUUAAUAACGUAUUUGGAAGUGUGUUCUUACCUCUCACAUCAACACAUAUCUUUGCGUGCCUUUAACAAACAUAUUACCAGCUCUCAUCUUCCCAGCAAGGAGAACCUGAGACAUUAAGAACUAUUGUACCCCAAAUAAAGCAUUUAGAAAGUU